AUGCUCGCCCUACUUUACCUCGCUCUCGUUUCCUUACUCUCCCUGACGUCGGUGCAUGCACAGACCGCUGGAACUAUAACCGCACCUUCUCAAGGAGCAAAAAUCAUGCCUCUACAAAGUUUCCCAUUCUCAUACAAGAUCCAUCAAGACUAUUGCACGUCUUCUCACAAUAUCACCGUCCAGCUCACCACCAAAGCGCUUGAUUCAGGUGGAACAACAGGGAAUACAGGCCACUACUUUGGUAGAUUUGCCACGGGCAGCUAUCCGUACCAAGGCCUCCCAAAUCCAAACCCACCUGUUCCGAGUUCCCUCACCAUGCCAGACUUUUCAAUGGCACCUGGGGGCUUUGGGACCGGCGCAACGGCGUCCAAUCUCCCACUUUAUCUUCACGUAAUUGAAGAGUGGAAUACCUGCCAACCGACAAUUGGCAACAAUAUCUUCGUCAGCACCGUCCAGGUGUUCUACAAUUCCACAUCGUAA